ACGCGCUCUCUCUUUUCCCCUCCCCCUCUCUACUCUGCUUUCGUCGUUCCCCUCCACCGCGAGCUUCCAGAAGCGAGGGAAAGGGGAGGAGGAGGAAGCAAGGCUGUGGACCGAUCCCCGCCCUCGACGGCAUGCCGCGCGUCCUCCCUCUCGACAUUGAGCCCGGGGAGGCGGCCAGAGCUGGUGAGACGGUCGUAAGCAUGCCAAGCUCUUCAGCUGUGGCAUCACGCAAGGGAAUUGAGCCUUCCGAGCAAAACAUAAAGGACGACGAAUGUGCGAGGCUGGUGAUACCAGCUCAACAUGCAACAGCUGACAACAACACAGAGAUUUUGCCUGAGCAACCAAAGUCAAGACACUUCAUUUGGUGGAUGAAAGUUCUGCUUGGCUGCUUCCUUCUUAUAUUAGCAUCUUAUAUCUUCGUGAAAUUUGGAGUCCCCUUUGCCUUUGAGAAGGUUCUGUUGCCAAUCAUGCAAUGGGAAGCAAGUGCCUUUGGCCGUCCAGUAUUGGCUCUUGUCCUCGUCGCAUCUUUGGCUCUCCUCCCACUCAUCUUAGUCCCUUCUGGACCUUCUAUGUGGUUAGCAGGAAUGAUCUUCGGUUAUGGCUGGGGUUUCUUGAUUAUUAUGGUUGGGACUACUCUUGGCAUGGUUGCAUCAUAUUGGAUCGGCUCAUUGUUCCGCGAACGUCUACAUGCAUGGUUAAAAAGAUGGCCUCAGCAGAUAGCUCUAAUACAGCUUGCUGGUGAAGGGAACUGGUUUCAGCAGUUUCGAGUUGUUGCACUAUUCAGAGUCUCACCAUUUCCGUAUACAAUUUUUAACUAUGCCGUAACCGUGACAGAAAUCAAGUUCAAUCCUUACCUAUGUGGUUCAGUUGCCGGAAUGGUACCUGAGGCAUUCAUCUAUAUCUAUAGCGGACGGUUAAUACGUACUUUGGCUGAUGUGAAGUAUGGCAAGUAUAGGAUGACGCCAGUGGAGCUAACAUACAACAUAAUCUCGUUCAUCGUUGCUGUUGUCCUCACCGUUGCCUUUACAGUUUACGCCAAGAGGGCACUAAACCACAUAAAAAGCUCAGAUGAUAUUUGCGCAGAGGACCAACCUGGGGUGACUGCACUCAAGAAUGGCCGCCAGGAGUGUUCCCAUGCACAUCCUCUAGCCCUAGAUGUCGUGUGAUGAUAUCUGGAUCUAUUGGGAGCUGAGCUGCUUAGAGAAAAAGUGAGGUGUGGUGUGGUGUUACUUGGUCAUCGUUUUCUCGGUUGGAAGGGGUGAGGUAGGCUCUGAUAUCAGGUGGAUGCACCUGUCUAACUAGAUACAUGCCCUGCUAAUAUGGUUAUAGUACAUACUUGAUUAGUAGUUUCAUGUACUUAAUCACCAGAACAUGUGACCAGCUUUAACUUUUGUUGUUCUAGUUGUUGAUCGACUGGCAAUUUAGCCUUGUCUUGAGGUGCAUGUAUUUGUUUGGUUGUUUCGGA